AUGUCGCCGCUAUCUAUUAGCGACGAGUUUGCACAAUACUAUGGAGACCUGUACAACCUCCGUAAUGACGCAACCAUAACCACCCCGACAGAUACCGAGAUAGAGACUUACCUAAACAAACUCAACCUUCCGACCCUGACAACUCAACAGAAAGAAACACUCACCCGACCAGUCACCCCAGAGGAGGUAAGGGAUACCGUACAGACGCUGCCAAGGGGCAAGGCCCCGGGCCCAGAUGGCUUUGCCAACUCUUAUUACAGCAAGUUUAGAGUUAUACUGGCCCCCUGCCUAGCAGAGGUUUUUAAUGAAGCCGCACGAUCACAAACCCUACCGGGGGAGAUGCAGCUAGCCCACAUUAUCACUCUGCCCAAGCCGGGCAAACCUCCAACCUACCCUCAAAACUUUAGACCCAUAUCCCUCCUCAACACUGACACCAAAAUACUGGCUAAACUGUACGCUAUUCGACUGGGUCCGAUACUACCACACAUUAUACAUGAUGAUCAGGUGGGAUUCGUGACGGGGCGCCAGGGGGCAGACAACACCAGAAAAGUCCUUGACCUCAUGCAAAGCCUAGGGGUGACACGGGAAGGGGGGGUUCUGCUCUCAUUGGACGCAGAAAAAGCCUUCGACCGGCUGGGAUGGGGAUUUCUGUAG